CCUUCAUUACCACCCUCUCCUUAUUCAGCUCUUUCUACCAAUUCCACCUUUCCCGGGAUUCACUUAUUCAUUUUCUCAAUCACGUUUUUUUCCCCCAUUUUUAUUAUGUUUUUUAAUCAUUUUAAAAAUCUUUAUUCAUUUAUUUAUUUGUUCUUGUAAAGCGCCUUGUAAUUUUUAUCUUGAGAGGUGUUUUUUCUUCUUCUAGUUUGGAAUAAAGAGGAAUGUUGGCCUGUGCAAGAGUCUUUCUGUAUCACUUCAGUGAACAUAACUGGUGUGGACUUUGAAGCUGAUCUAGUGGACUCAGAUGGGGGAGGAUCAGAGAGCAGACUUCAGUUUGCACAAACUCCCAGACGUGUGCACAUCCUGAAUACUCUGUGGCUGCAGCUACGUAUAUCAGAGAUGACUGAGUCCUGCGGGAUCCUGAUUAAAGGGGGUAAAGUUGUAAACGAGGACUGCUCUGUGAUCAGUGACGUUUACAUUAAAAAUGGGAAAAUAAUCUCAGUUGGACAGAAUCUUCAGAUCCCAGUGGGAGUAAGAGUCAUUGAUGCCACCAACAAACUGGUGAUCCCGGGUGGAAUAGACACUCAUACACACAUGGAGCUGGCUUUCAUGGGCACUAAGGCUGUGGAUGACUUUCAUGUUGGGACCAAGGCUGCUCUCGCAGGAGGGACCACCAUGAUCCUGGACUUUGUUAUCCCUCAAAAGGGCAGGUCUCUCCUGGAUGCCUACAACAGCUGGCGGGAGAUGGCUGAUCCUAAAGUUUGUUGUGACUACUCACUACACGUUGCUGUCACAUGGUGGGGUGAUAAGGUGAAAACAGAGAUGGAGACUCUAGCCAAAGAAAAAGGAGUCAAUUCAUUUAAGAUGUUCAUGGCCUACAAAGAUGUGUUCAUGCUUAAGGACUCUGAGCUGUAUGCUGCCUUUGCCUGGUGCAAGGAGCUUGGAGCUGUGGCCCAGGUGCAUGCUGAGAAUGGAGAUUUGAUUGCAGAGGGGGCUAGGAAGAUGUUGUCCCUGGGUAUCACGGGACCCGAGGGUCAUGAGCUCUGCCGACCGGAAGAGGUGGAGGCCGAGGCCACCCAGAGAGCCAUCACCAUCGCCCAUGCUGUCAACUGUCCCCUCUAUGUGGUCCAUGUCAUGAGUAAAUCUGCUGCCAAGGUGGUGUCUAAUGCACGCAGAAAUGGCCGUGUGGUAUUUGGGGAGCCAAUAGCAGCUGGAUUAGGCACCGAUGGUACAAACUACUGGCACAAGGAGUGGGCCCAUGCUGCAGGCUUUGUUAUGGGUCCUCCUCUCAGACCUGACCCCAGCACACCAGGAUUUCUCAUGGACCUGCUAGCUAAUGAUGAUCUGAGUGUGACAGGGACAGACAACUGCACCUUCUCUGUUUGUCAGAAAGCUCUGGGAAAAGAUGACUUCACUAAGAUCCCUAAUGGAGUGAAUGGUGUGGAGGACAGGAUGUCCAUCAUCUGGGAGAAAGGAGUACACAGUGGCAAGAUGGACGAGAAUCGAUUUGUGGCCGUGACAAGCAGCAACGCAGCAAAGAUUUUCAACUUCUACCCACAGAAGGGCCGAAUCGCCCAAAACUCAGAUGCUGAUGUGGUUAUAUGGGACCCUAAAAUGAAAAGGAGUAUAUCAGCUAAGACCCACCACCAGGCUGUAGACUACAACAUCUUUGAGGGCAUGGAGUGCCACGGAGUUCCUCUGAUCACCAUCUCCAGAGGCAAAGUGGUUUAUGACGAUGGCCAGCUGCAGGUGUCACCGGGACAUGGCACAUUCAUCCACAGACAGCCCUUUUCUGAAUUUGUGUAUAAAAGAAUCAAGCAAAGAGACCAGGUGAGGACACCUACAGCUGUGAUCAGAAAGCCGUAUGAAGGCAAAGUCAUUUCUGUGUGAACAGCUGAUGGAGAGAAUGAAAGUGUCUGUAAACAUCCAGCUGUGAGUUUGCAGAAAAAAAACCCAGAUGGAGAACUACAGCUUUCUAAGGGACGUUGAAAUUUGGAGAUAGUUUCUCGGUUGAGGAGUGGGGGUUUGAAGGUCAACAGGCCAUCCUUCUACUGGAAGACAACAUUUUGUUAUCAUUGUUUCAGCUGUGUCAGGUUUUUUUUUUAGGUCAGCUCAGUUCACAGGUCAGUGGAACCCACCCAACUGCUGAAAAUAAGGUCGUCUUUGACAUACAUGUUACAUAAUCAACUACAUUAUUUGAAAGUAUUUUUUUAAAUCAUUUACUAAAAUAUUACGUGAAUUCAGUUUAUUUAUAUAGCACCAAAUCACUACAAGAGUCGUCUUGGAGCACUUCACAAAGUAAAACAUUCUAAUUGAGUUCAGUUCAUUUAGCCAAAUUGUUUUAAAAAAAAUCCUAUGUCAGAAAACCCAGUAUACUGCAUUGAGUCACUGACUAGUGUCAGUGACAUUACAGCAAUCCCUGUGCUAAGCAAGCAUGUAGCGACAAUGGUGAGGAAAACUCCCUUUUAACAGGAAUAACCUCAUGAGAGUCUGGCUCAGUAUGAGAAGUCAUCCAGUGCAACUCACAGGGAGUUUGAGAAGUCAGCAGACAUGAACACACACACACACACACACACACACACACGACACGCCUCCAAUCAGCAAUCAUAAGCUCGUACGAAUUUCAGGCGUGUUUGAUAUUUUGCUCAGGCCCUCGUAUCACAGCGCAUGCGGCAACGGUUUGUUAACUAGAUCUUGGUUCAUUAGUGAUGAUGUUUAUGAUAACAAAUAAACUUAAUUAGAUCAAUAGAUUUCCCACCAUGGUUUGUCAUUUUGUAAAUUUUGAAAAUAAAUUAAAUCAAUUAAA